AUGCAAUUUUCCAAACUCGCUAUUCUUACUGGUGCCACGGGAGCUUUAGGCGGCUAUGUGAAUUCAACAGUCGCUGAUAUUCAAACUAAGGUUAUCACUAUUACCAGCUGUGACGACACCAAGUGCACUGCUAUUCCCUUGACGACUGGGUUGACGACUGUCACCCAGUUUGACACCACAUAUACCACUUAUUGUCCUUUGCCAAGCACACCAGCAGGACCAGCUUCCAGCGGUGCGCCAGCAGGACCAGUUCCAUCCACUGGAGCAGCACCACCCGGUUCAACACCAUCUAGCGGAGCAGCAGCACCACCCGGUUCAACACCAUCUAGCGGAGCAGCAGCACCACCCGGUUCUACACCAUCUAGCGGAGCAGCAGCAGGUUCAGAUUCAGGUUCCCAAAGCGGAGCGGCAGCAGGUUCAGGUUCAGGUUCCCAAAGCGGAGCAGCAGCAGGUUCAGAUUCCCAUAGCGCAGCGGCAGCAGGUUCAGGUUCAGGUUCCCAAAGCGGAGCGGCAGCAGGUUCAGGUUCAGGUUCAGGUUCAGGUUCCCAAAGCGGAGCAGCAGCAGGUUCAGGUUCCCAUAGCGGAGCAGCAGCAGGUUCAGGUUCAGGUUCAGGUUCAGGUUCCCAAAGCGGAGCAGCAGCAGGUUCAGGUUCCCAUAGCGGAGCAGCAGCAGGUUCAGGUUCAGGUUCAGGUUCCCAAAGCGGAGCAGCAGCAGGUUCAGGUUCAGGUUCAGGUUCCCAAAGCGGAGCAGCAGCAGGUUCAGGUUCAGGUUCAGGUUCAGGCUCCCAAAGCGGAGCAGCAGCAGGUUCAAAGCCAUCCAAAGGAGCACCAGCAGGUUCAGACUCAUCUAGCGGAGCAGCAGCAGGUUCAAAGCCAUCCAAAGGAGCACCAGCAGCAUCAGGCAAACCAACCUCCGUAGCUGCUCAAGCCACUGCUGCAGCUGCUUCCAAACUUCCAGCGGUUGUCGCAGCUAACGGAGCUUCACAAGCUCUUCCAGCCUUGGGUUUGGUCGUCUUGGCUGCUUUAAUCUAA